UGCCGGGGACGGGUCCUUUUAAUAACAAAAGCACAAAGCGUUUUGAAUUUCGGUAGUUCCCCCUUGUUUAGAACAGAGGAUCAAUACCCGUCGCGAUUAGUCGCAUAAACCCGGUCCGGAGGAGUUCUAGAACUGUGCGCAAAGUUUCUUUUGUGCGGACAUGAUGGUCAAGGAAAAGCCCUAUUCAGCUCGAACCUACGAUAAGGACGGAUACCGAUGACGUGCGGCUUGCAUUUGUGUGCGGUCCGAAGCGGAAGCGGAGUUCCAGGUGGCGGAGUGGAAUCGAACGAAGAGUCUUCAUUAACGGCUUCUCGCGAUGUCUUGAAAGAAGCCGGAAUUAUUGGAGAGCUGGAUAGAUGUUUAGGAAUUUUCGAAAACAGUGACCGAACCGAAGUGUUCGUUAUGGUUGUCACCCAAAAGCUGGAUGAAUGGGAAGAUUUUAAAACUAUCGGCCUUACGUCAUUCAAAAAAUCAUCACUGACACAAAAUUGCAUACACGUGACCACGGACGUGGCGGAUGACAAACUCGAAUGGGUGCCCACAAGUGCGAUGACGAAAUCACCACCGCCACAGCCUCCCUUGACGGACGAAGAUGGAACGACUUCUAUCGAAACGGAAGAUCAACCGGUCGCCGACUCCGAUUGACUAUCGAAAACGAUCUCCUAAGCCGUCUUCAACGUUAUUGUAUUACUUUGAAUAUUAGGGGAAAGUGGGGCAAGAUGGCCAUCCUUAGCGGUAAUCCUUGUAAAAUAGUAAAACUGCUUUGAAUUCUGCUGAUUUUUGCAUGAAACACCUUUAACACACCACAUAAGUAUCAAUAAAUACUGAUAAAUG